ACACUGCAGUCAUUCAAUCAAACUGUACGCCAUUUUUAUUUUACUUGGAAUCGCAUUGUCAAGAAAUUUGGCAAUUUGCGUCCUUUUUGAGAGUGGAAUUAUAUCAAAGCAACUUUGCCGAAGACUAGGCCUGUGCAACUUACGUUGAAAAUAUAUACAUAUUAGAAGGAAGGGUUAUUGUAGCGAUAAAUUAUGAGUUCUGUUUUGUUUGCUUGCUCCAAAUGUUUUUCGCGACAUCCAUUCGAGGAAUUGUCUGCGGGCCAACAGCUAUGCAAGAAUUGCCGGGGAAGUAGCUCAAUUGUGAAAUGUACUUAUUGUCGAACCGAAUUCCAACCAACAACAAAGUCCCAGAGUGCCUGUAAGAAAUGUGAGCACUGCCUCAACAAGUAUGGCAAACCCAACGCCUGUGAAUGCUGCAAGAUCGUAGCGGCGUUCGGAAACUCUAAAUGCAUAAGAUGUGCAACGUACGAAGCAAAAUACGGCCCACCAAUACAAUGUGAUGAAUGCAAGCAGCGAUGUGCUUUCGAUAAGCGCGACGAGAACAAAAAGAUUAACGGCAAAUUGCUUUGUUGGCUGUGCACAAAUUCGUUUAAGCGAGCUCUCUUAAAAGCUCAACAGGACGGCAGAAUAUCAGCGAAAAAACGACCACAUGAAAAAAUACACAGAGAUAGUUCGACGAAUUCGGCAAAAAAAUCAUCCCGACCAUCUGCAGAUGUAAAAGGAAGCAGUGGCGGUGCUGGGGGAGGAAGUAGUGCAGCUAUCGCUUCUUCAGGCGGAGAUCUGCCCGACAAAGUGUCACGCACUGGAUCUGGAGGAAGCGGCGGAAAUGGCAGUGGUAAUGGAUCUGGAAUCGGACUGGGCUCUAUAGCGGCCCCAGCAGUUAUCACAAUUGAUCCAAAUUCCGCUGAUCAUGUAGUGGCUAUGACUAACUUAAAAGAACGUAUUGCCAGUCUGGAAAAACGCCUUCAGCAAAAGGACAAAGAAUUACUUGAAAAAGACAAAUUGUUAACAGAGCUUAAAGGCAAGAAUUUCGAAAAAGAAAUAGAAAUGCGCAACAAAUUGAAGGAAGUCGACAGAUUGCAUGAAAUGAAAGUGGAGAAUCUUAAUCGAAAAGUUAGUAGUUUAUUGAAAGAAUUAGCAUCUGUGAAGAAGAGCACAAAGAAGAAUGGCACAAGUGGAGGUUCAAAUGCCAAAGAGCGCCAGAGCGAACGUGAAAAACGAGAAAACCUUUCUCCAAAAGAUGAACUUGUCGAAGAAGAGCAACAGCGAGAAAAGGAAAUAAAAGAAGAGAAAACGGAAAAAGAAGAUAGUAAGAGUGACGAUGAACAAGAUCAGGAAGAAAAAGGGAGUGUUGGAUCUGGUUCGAAUAGCCCAUCUACAAAUUGAUUGUAACAAAACGAUAUGUUAGCUAAAUUUUACAACAAAGUUUUACGAGUUUAUAUGUUACCGGCCAAACUCGAUCUUAGGACAAACUAGUUUUGCCUAGGCUAAACUAGAUCAGGGGCCUUAGUAUAUUUGCGCGGAACAUCUUUCCGCGUAGGCGGCCUUUGUGCGCGCUUCAAAAAAACUUGUUUCCGCGUUGGACGUUUAGCCUAGGAAAAACUUGUUUGCUCUAAGGCCGGGGUUUGGCCGGUAACAUAUACAAGGCUUUGACAUCUAUUCCACUCAAUCGAGCUGUUUUACAGUUUCGGGAAUAAUCGUAUCAGUUUUUGAAAAAAUAACUAAAAUAAGCUGUCUCAACGUUUUUCAUUUAGGUAAUGAAAAUGUAUCAUACAUAAGCCAUGGAUGUUGAUUUUUGAAAUUUUUGCCAGUAAAAUAUUUUCUGUAAGAUUUUAUAUUUCUUUUGUUACCUAAAUUGUAGUUUACUUUAAUAGUUCUUUCGUAUGAUUAACACAUUUAAUAGUUUAAAGUUUAUUCCUCCAAAUAGUUUAUAUUCCGGCAGGUUCUGCAAUUCACUUCGGAGACAAUUUGAGUCAGGUUCGCUUUGAAUUCAAAUUGGCAGGGGUUGAGGUUCAUUCAGGAGUGAAUUGCAAAACCUGCCCGAAUUUCAUUUUUUUUUUUUUUUUGUAACGUGUGAGCUUUGUGGCACCAUUUUUUUAGCAGAUAACUUAUUUAAGUGAAGUGGAAAUCCCUUAAAUUGAAUAAAGAACAUACAAAGAAAACUUGGA